AUGUCUUUUUCGGAAGGAUUAUUUGAUGGAACUGGCCCUGUAGGCGCCUGUAAAAAUGAGCCAGUAUUUAUUUGGGCUUUGCAACCGCAAAAUUAUGCUUAUGGUAAUAAGACUUUAGCACCAAUAGCAGAAAGAAUGUCCAAAAAAUACGAUAUCAAUCCACCUCUUGAUCCAAGUUUAUUACCGUAUAUGUUUUAUUAUUGUGAAUUCUGGGUCCUUCAAUUUAAUCGAACUGAUACUUGGUGUGGAUUACUAAGUGAUGAUGAUCUUAUAUUAGCUCGAUAUUAUUGGAAUAUGAAAAGUUAUUUUCAAUAUUCAUAUGGGAAUCCUCUUAAUGAGCAAUUAGGCUGUGCCUACGUUACACAAUUUGUAAAUAGCGUUGAGGAUUACUUAAACGGAAAAUCUCGGAUGGUAGCUGAUAUGAAAUUUGGUCAUGGAUUUACUGAGUUUGUUGUACUUACUACGUUGGGUGUAUUUAAAAAUGAAUAUCCACUUACAGCAGAUUUAACUCUUGAACAAAUAAAAAGCUUAAAAUAUAUAGAACAAAAAGAGUUUUAUUGGGCUUCUACUAUAUACUUUGAAAUUUAUACUUCUCCAAGCAAAGAUGCAUUAUUGCGACUUGUAGUUAAUUCUGAACCAUAUAUAAUUCCGGGUUGUGAUGGUGAAUAUUGUAAAUGGAGUAAAUUUAAAAAUAUUUUGAGUAGUAAGAUUAAUUGUGAUUUUGAAAAGUU